AUGGCAAUGCGGAAGGGUUUGACAUCUAAAGCUACCAACCGGUUGGUGCUCACCUCGGUUGCCUUUCAAGACCACAUCACACGCAACCUGCUACAUCCACAUUUCAGACUCUCUGACCCUUUCCUGAGAGGGAAAGCGCCCAGAAAAAGAGGGGAGGAAAGAUGUCAGCAGACACAAGAUCAGCAAGAAGAGAGAGAAUAUGUGCUGGAUUCUGCUCCACCCCCUUUAACAUUAGCUCAGAAGUUGGGUUUGGUGGCCUCCCCUGCAGGGAGACUGACGGAGGACGAGUGGGCCCGGGUAAAGGCGAGGUCUGUUCAGCAGGGGGACUCGGCACAGCCCUGUGCCAUAUGUAGGGAGGAGUUUUUCCUUCAGCCUCAGGUGUUGCUGUCGUGUUCUCAUGUUUUCCAUAGAGCAUGUCUGCGGGCCUUUGAGAGGUUUUCUGGGAGGAGGUGCUGCCCAAUGUGCAGAAAUGAGCCGUAUGAGGCACGGGUGAUCUAUGAUGCAGCUCGCCUCUUCAGACACCAGUGUGCCACCAGAAUUCAAGCAUGCUGGCGAGGCUACCUUGCUCGAAAAAGAUACCGAAAAUUGAGAAAAUCCAUCUGGCCAAAAGACAAACAGCUGCGACGGAAAUACUUUGAGGCAAAGUUGCAGGAGUUGAAUGACAGCUUUGUCCGAUACUGUCACACCGACACGGAGACUUUUCUGAGUGAUAUCAACCGCUCGCUGUCAUCGAGCAGACGAGUGUUCCAGCAGCUGGAGAGAAAGCGCGUCUCUGAACCUCAGGAGAGCGACUGGGACCGCAUACAAAGCCAGGUGGUCCAGAGAGGUGUCUGGGACUGCCCCAUCUGCCUGACUGCAUUGUGCAGCCUCAGCCUCCCACCUGGAGGCGGUCCAUCCAGCCAUCAACAACGCAGACGCACCGCACUGCUGUCCUGUUCCCACCUCUUCCACCAGCUCUGUCUGGAGGCCUUUGAGGCCUUUUCUAUUCAGAGCAGACCUUCAUGUCCCCUUUGCAGAUCCGUCUACCACAAAAAACUAAUCUAA